AUGAAGAUUGCAAUUGAAUCCGUGUUGCUUGGGCUGGUAUCGCUACCUGGGGUCGUCGCCUGGGGGGAUCUUGGCCACGAUACCGCAGCGUAUAUUGCAAGCUAUUUUGUCUCCAACUCUACGGCGGCAUAUCUCAAAGAUCUGUUGGAUAAUCAAGACGAGGACUACCUUGCUGGGAUUGCCAUGUUUGCCGAUAAAUACAAAUAUACCCACGAAGGACACUUUACUGAAAAUUUCCACUUCAUUGAUGCUCACGAUGACCCAUAUACGGACUGCAACGUCAAUUACGAUCGCGAUUGCAAAAAGGGGGGCUGCGUUAUCAGUGCGUUGGCCAAUUAUACCGCGCAGGCUCUGGAUCGCGAUCUGUCCAAGGAAGAAAACCAGUUGGCCGUGAAGCUCCUUGUCCACUACAUUGGCGACUUGCACCAACCACUACAUAACGAAGAUGUUGCGCGAGGAGGUAACGAUAUACAUGUUCAGUGGCGAGACCACGACCAAAAGCUGCAUGCGGUAUGGGAUAAAACUAUCCCUGAAACGAUCGCCGGACACCUGAGCAAGAAGCGAAAAGAUGGAAUCUUGGAGUGGGCGUUGGAAUGGGCAAAUGAGCUUACUACCGAAAUAUCCAAUGGAAAAUUCGCAAGGGAGAAGAAUACGUGGCUGAAGAAUUUUGACCUCUCAGAUCCCCUCAAUACCGCAAUGGGAUGGUCAAUCGAAGCAAACAAACUUGUGUGCUCUCAUGUCUUUCCUAAGCCUAAUAGUCCCGAAAAAAUUGAAGGCAAAGAACUCAGCGGUCGCUAUUAUGCCAAGGCGGCUCCGGUUGUUGAGAAGCAAAUCGCGCGUGCAGGAUACCGGAUGGCAGCGUGGCUGAACGAGAUUGCCCAUAAUAAUUGGGAGAAGGACAACGAAGAGCUGUAG